AGAAACAGCAAAAGACUGCAAUUCAAUUCACACAAAAUCAGAGGGGGAGAUUAUAGUGAUUGAAUGAAUUCAGCAAGAAGCUGUGCAACAAAGAAUGCAGUAAAUAAAAGAAAAUAAAGAUUUGUUAACAUUUUUUUUUAUAGAUAUUGCCUUGAAAGCAGACAUAAAGUAUUCCUUUACAAUGUACAUGCUUAUAUUCUUUGAGAAUAGAAAUAAUUAGAUAAAUUAUUCAUUUUCUUGAUACUACUUGAGAAAGAAGGAUAAGAAGAAAACAAGUUUUGUAAACUCUUAGAAUGAAGCUGGACAAACAUAAAUAUCCCUUCUGUAUAAAUAAAUGGCCACACUUCCAUCUUUUAUGUUGUAAGGGUUUAAUCACCACACAGAUGGUCGGUCGGUCAUCUCGGGCCAGGGCUACUGGUCAAUGGGAAAGCUUUGAGAUCACUAUUGUUUGACAAGGGCAUAAGAAUUAGCGCACAAAAGAACCAAGCCUUCUUCCAGACAUCCACAGUGUAAUAUAGGGUCAUUAGAUUUGUCCACUGGUUUUAUUGAUACCCUUAAUAAAUAGCAAUACUCUUUGAUGGAAUAGUUCCAUGUAAAUACUUUUUUGUUGUUGUAAUUCAUGAAGGCCAGAGUCUAAGCACAUGUCUAGAAAAUGGUAUUUACAAAGAAGGCAUUGAAAAAGAAAAAGUGAAUUUUGAAAAAUUGUUUACUCUUUGAGAACAUAAAUUCAUUUCAAGUACUUUUGUAGAGAACUUGUAUCCUUAAAAUAAUAUUGUGAUUAUUGAAGCAGUUCAGUAUUGAUCCAUUUACUUUAUAAAAACUCAUGAACUUGGUAUGCACUUUUUAAAUUUGAAGCUACAGGAUGCAAAACGAAGUGUUAUGAAACCAUUAUUCGUGGUAAAAGAAAAAGAAAAAGAAAAGAAAAGAAAGAAAGAAGAAAGGUAACUAUUGGUCCUUGCCAGAUUGAUCAAUGUUUAUGUUUAUCCAUUCUGAUAAGGAUACAGCCCUUUUCCUUAGCUUGUACUUUUACUAGAUAUCUACAAAAGGCAAUAGGCUGCUUUGGAAAAUUCCCAGACACAAAGUCGCCUAUGAUAACCGUCUUUGUUUCUCUAACUAAAGUAGUGAUCCCGUGAAAAGAAUAAGAAAGGAAAAAAAAACCACAAUAUCAACUAGUGACAUCAUGCUGAAGAGGAAACGUAAUCUGCAAUUGUAUUUAGGAAGUAGCAACUCUGUAGCAAAAUGAGUACUAAGCAGGGUCUUAAUGUGUCCUUGCUGCUAUGCUAGAAAGUACUUUAACCCCCAAUGAGUUGUGCAGAGAAAUCUGAAAUAGUUCAUUCAGGAGGGUUAAAUGAGUAUUAUGCUAGAUAUCUUUUUGGUUUUGGUUGCCAGUAGUGGAUGGUUAGCGAAGUCGGAUAUAGUAAAGUAGGCCUUAUCUUGGUCUUCAGCGCCUCAUUUCCCACAAUCCAAUCUCCUUGGUUGUGUACGGGAUACCAGGGAAAGAGGAAGUAAGUAUCAUGGUUAUGGUGAAAACAAUUGGCUGAAGAUCGCGAGCCAACGAUCUUUCUGCGAGACUUGCUGGUGGCAGGCAUAAAGAAGUAAGAAGCCAUCUGGGUAAGACGUGUGUUACCGGGCUCUCACUUCCUCCCUGCCUGCAUGCCCCUGAAAAAAAGUGCAUCUGUGAGUGAUUUGCGGCCGAGUGAAGUUCUAGCUGUCAGCUGACGGAAUUUACUCACACCUCCCUUUCCAACUGCAGAGACGUUGGACCAGUCAAGAGCUUCAGUGUAGCAUAGUUGUGCACAGUCAAGGAGACAUUGACGUUGUUUGGCAAGCCAAUGUCUAAGGUCGAGGAUGCAUCCAGUCGCCAAGUAAAGCGACAUCGAGCUGAUCAGGGUCUACCCAGGGGCAAUCCUCACACAAAAGUCAACAGCUUUGCCAGCAUCAACGGUGUGUUCCAGGAAAAUGUCGAACACAACUCUGAAGUUUUGAGAAACUUGUUAAAUUUGAAUCGGAGCAGUCCUGCCAAGUCCGUCGGUUUGUGCAGCGAUACAGAAUCACAAGAUUCAUUUGCGCAGGACAGAGUGGCGGAGGAUCGCAGCAGUUUGCUUUAUUCGGAAGAAGAUAUUGCGGAGAGCGCAGAUAUUGAACCUAGUGGAUAUUGGCAAGAUAGAAAGUUGGAGUGCGCCAAGGUACCCAGUGAGAGUGGAGAUUCCACAGCCAUGCCCACUGCAGAAACCGCAAUGUGGGAAGAGUGUAACGGAUCAACCAGUCCAAUUCAAGAAACCAUCACAGACAGUCUCAAAGCCAAGCGUGCCCGAGUAGAAAACAUCAUCACCAGCAUGAGGCAUUCACCACCAGCAGUCGGAGCCCAGGACCCUGUGGGGUUGGAAGACAGUCUGCGCAAACCAAAGCGCAAGCAAUACCAACCACAACCCCAGCGCUGGGACUCCGGAGAUGAAGACUCCCCAAGCAAACCUUCCCGCAAACAAGAAAAAACUAAGCUCAAAGGGAUCCUAUCGCAUCUUCAAACGCAGCUGGACACACUUCAGGAGAAAUACCUCAACAUGUAUGAUAUAGAAGAUGAUGGAAAUCUAUCGGACAACUCUGAUGACAUGGAUGAUUUAAAUGAACCGAUUGACACAGGUAGUGCAAUUCAGAAAUAUGAGGUGAAUGGGGUCAGUGGAAACAGCUCACCAGUUCGCCAUCGCAAUGAUAGGAAACGGAGAGCAGAUGGAAGUAGCGUUCUAAUUGAUCGCACAACAAGUUAUAUUGUGAGACAAACACUGAAAGAAGAGCUGCCACCUCUCCUGCUCAAUGCAGUAGACUCUGUGAUGAAUAAACUAACGAAAAGCGGCAGCAGCAAAAAUGCAAGUAACAACAACUCAACCCAUACUAAGUCUGAAAUCAAUAGUAACCAGGCCAGAAAUCCAGUACUAGCCCAGAAUGCUGCUAGCCCUCCUGCCCCAGCAGCCCAGGAGUGCAAGCCAACACCUCCCCCUCCAACCCUCAUCCACCCAAGCUUCUUCAUGAGGCAUUUCCCUACACCGCUGGAGCAGCAGCAGACAGAGGCAAUGUCAUUGGUGGUCCCUAGCAGAAAGAGGGUGAGGAGUAACGACCACCGGCAUUUCCAUGCCAGCGGUGGCUUCCACCCCGGGGAUUUCCCCAUGAAACCAGAGCCUCUUCUACCGGUGAGCUUACCCACCUCGGUAGCCAUCCCCAACCCCAGUCUUCACCCUACUCUGGCUGCUAGCUUCAUGACCCCCAACAUGACUGAUCCAAGGGACCAUUUUGAAAGCCUCAGGUAUAUGUACCCAGGAAGUCCUCUCAUCGCCAACUCCCAUCUCUCGCCCCUGAACUACCUGAGUGACCACCGGUCCUCUCCUGGUGACCUCUCCCACAUCUCUUCUGGGGAGAGUCCUGCCUACUCCAUGGUCAAGCCAGAGGGACGAGACACCUCACCGCUUCACAUGCACGACAGGCCCAGCUCGGCCGAUCUCUCUGACUACUCGCCGGUCAACGGAACAUCGAUCACUUGCACCCUGACGCCGACCCACCUGCGUAAGGCCAAGCUCAUGUUCUUCUUCACCCGCUACCCGAGCUCCGCCCUCUUACGCCAGCAUUUCCCCGACGUCAAGUUCAACCGUCACAACACCUCGCAGAUCAUCAAGUGGUUCAGCAACUUCCGCGAGUUCUACUACAUCCAGAUGGAGAAGUUUGCCCGCCAGUCGGUCAGCGACAAUGUCGAGACCGCCGAAGAUCUCAAGGUGACCAGGGAUUCGGAGCUCUACCGGUCCCUCAAUCUCCACUACAACAAGAGCAAUGAAUUCACGGUAAGUCCUUUUUGGUGUGUGUUUUUGUGCGAUUAAAAACGUCUUCAAAUU